CUGCACUACGGGACCCUCCUGGGCAGCAGAGCUUGUGCCCACAUGGCAGCAGCUGCCUGGGCCAGUGCCUUUCUCUAUUCACUGCUACACACAGCCAAUGCAUUUUCCCUGCCCCUGUGCCAUGGCAAUGCCCUGGGCCAGUUCUUCUGUGAAAUCCCACAGAUCCUCACACUCUCCUGCUCCAAAUCCUACCUCAGGGAACUUGGGCUUCUUGUGCUAAGUGCUCUUCUAUUUUUUGCUUGCUUUGUGUUCAUUGUUUUCUCCUAUGUGCAGAUCUUCAGGGCUGUGCUGAGGAUCCCCUCUGAGCAGGGACGGAACAAAGCCUUCUCCACCUGCCUCCCUCACCUGGCUGUACUCUCCCUCUUUGUCAGCACUAGCUUUUUUGCCUACCUGAAGCCACCCUCCAUCUCCUCCCCAUCCCUGGAUCUGGCCCUGUCAGUUCUGUACUCGGUGGGGCAGUGCCUGUGA